AUGUUUAUACGUGCAAGUACGAUCUUUACGUAUAUAUAUUAUAUCCUAUUAUUCUAUAAAUACUGUAUGCAUUCAUAUGGAUUAAAUUUCAAAAAGACGAGUAUAAGGGAAAUGUUUUUACCUAAUAUAAAACUAAACAAUCAAUCAAAUUUAAUGAAAAUAAGACGAAACAAAUUUAUAAAUUAUAAAAAUACUGAAAAGAGAAAAGGAAAAUUCAUUGAUGAAAUAAAUAAGGUUAAUAAAUUUUCCCUGUUUAAAAAUUGUAAAAAAAUAGAAAAUGAGCAAACAUACAAUAAUGUUGAAGAUAUUUGCGGAAAAGUGAAAGAAAAUUCAACUAUGAGGAUCCCCGAAAAAAUGAAAAAAAAUGAUAUAUCGAAUGAAUUAAAAAAAGAAACAAAAAAUGAGUGUACAAAAGGCAACAGAAAUAAUGUAACUGGAAUAAGGAAUGACGAAUCACAUACUAAUUACAAAACUGAGGAAACAAUGGAUACACAUAUUUAUGAUAAGGAAAAGAAAGAAGAUGGAAACGUUGACAAUGUUGCUGAAAUUGGAAAACAAUCAUUGAACAAUCUUGCUGAAGAAGACAAAAAAAACAAUGAGGUUAUAAGGAAAGAAGAAAAUACAGAAAUAUCAACUUCUAAUGAUUUAGAAUUAAAUAUUGACAAAGAAAUUGAAUUGGGGAUUAAAAAAAAAAAAAAAAAAUCAAUGUCAGAAGAAAUUCGAAAAAAAUUAUCAGAAUUAGCUAAAUUGCGAUGGAGAAAUGAAGAAGAGCGAAAAAAACUUUUACGGUGUAAAAAUAAAUUUAAGCAUUCCGAAAAAACAAAACAACUAUUAUCUUAUAAAAUAAAAUUAAAAUGGAAAGAUGAAAAUUACAGAAAAAGUGUUAUACAAAAAACUCUAAUUUUUAAUCAAGAUGAAAAUACGAAAAGAAGAAAAUCAUUAUUAUUAAAAGAAAAAUGGAAGCUAAAAGAGUUUCGAGAAAAAAUGUUAUGCAAUAGAAAGCCUUUUAGUAUAGAAAGGAGGAAAAAAAUUUCCGAUAUCAUAAAACAAAAAUGGAGAGACGAAGGAUAUAAAAAAAAAACUUUGAAUGCUAUAAGGGAAAAUUAUAAAAAGAGAAAACUGAAUGUCGGUUUAAACCCAAACCUUAAUUACAUUCAAAACCUCAUUAUGUUUAAGCAGCUUGGAAUUAGUGCCCCCAAAAUACGACAAUUCCCAGAAGUGCACAAAGAAAAACUAAGAGGGAAAAAAAAAAAAAAAAAAAAAAAAAUCAAAAAAAGUUAUAAGGAAAACUGGAAAAAUAUUUACGAUAGUAUAUUAGACAAAAAUGAAUUUCAAAAUCCGAUACCAUAUCUAGGUAGCAUCGAUCAUUUAAGUGUCAGUACAAACACAUAA